AUGCCGUUGCUAAUUUUACAAAAAUUAUUAGGACACGACAGUAUUAGAACUACCAUUUUAUAUUGGCGAAAUCCUUAUGAAAAACCUUUUGCGGGAAAAAUACCGGUUAACGAAAAAGAUUUUGACGACAUUUUGGCCGGUAAAAGAAAAUCACCAAUCACGGAAAAUUUUCCACAGACACCAAAAAUCCUUGAACCUGCCAUUAAAGGAGAAAAGCCAAUAAUUAGCGCAAUAACCAACGAAAUUUCUCCUAAAAUCCAAGGAAAAUUUUCCUUAAACUCCAUUAAGCCAAAAAGCAACCAACCGGAAAAUAGUCAACUAUUAGCACUAACCGCCAACAAUGAGGAAAGAUUUAACCAAAAAGAACAAAUCUUACUGGAAAAAAUUAGAAAUUUAGAGGAGCAAUUAACCCAAAUCCAGACCGAAAACAGUAAUUUAAAGCAAGUAAAAAGAAUGUCAACGGAAAAACUACUUUGGAUUAUUGAAAAUUCCCCCUAUCGUUGCCGCGGAGAAGCCAUUGGGAACGACCAAACCAUUCAAUAUGCGUUUGAAGUUCUACAUGAAAGAAAAGAAAUUGACUGCGAAACUGCUUAUUGUUUCGAACAUGAACCACCUAAAAACUAUGUCCCAAGUAAUUUUAAGAAUGGUUGUUGA